AUGUCGGGAGUGUGGGAGAGACUGAUUCGUGGUGUUAAACAAUCGUUGAAGGCUAUCCUAGGAAAGACAUUAGUUAAAGAGGAAGUCUUGAGAACGGUGUUAUCAAAAGCCCAAGGGAUUGCCAAUUCCAGACCUCUGUGCCCGAACUCGGACGAUCCUCGGGACAUGGAGCCGUUAACUCCGAAUCAUCUGUUACUUCAAAGACCAGCGAUUACUCUACCUCCUGGAAAAUUUGACGAUGCUGAUUUGUAUAGCAGAAAGAGUUGGAGACAAUCACAAAUUUUGAGCGAUCAUUUUUGGAAACGGUGGUUACAUGAGUAUCUACCAACUUUACAACAAAGACAAAAAUGGCUUACACCACAACGAAAUUUAGCAGUUGGUGAUCUUGUACUCCUGGUAGACGAGAAACUUCAACGAGGACAUUGGCUACUUGGAAGAGUGACGAAGGUGUUUCCUGGAAAGGAUGGUCUUGUCAGAGUCGCCGAAGUGAAAACGAAAAACAAUGUUUUGAAACGUCCAAUUCAGAAGUUGUGCUUCCUGGAGGCUGACGAAUAA